AGGCGACUCGGCGAUGCGGGGGACUUGAGGCCGCCGGGGGAAGACUCCGCGUUUCAAGGAAUACAGCUAGCCAGAAAUAAUGGUGUUAAAUAAUUCGUGGCUGCAGAUGUUGAAUAAACUGAAUAUACGCUUUACCCACCGGACCGCGUGUGUUUGGAGUCAGCCGGCUCAGAUAUCAGCUUCCUCAGUCACAGGGCAUCGGUAGCCGAGCGCCCCGGCUUGCUGCUAGCCAGCAGUCCUUUUCCCAAAAAGCACCGCUCCAGAAUCACGGCUCACAUCUGUUUUAAUAGCAUCAGGAACGCCAUCCCGCAUCGCGCGUAACCGACCCGAGCAUCUGACUGCUUUUCAUUCAAGUAACGGCACGACCUGCAGCUAGUUAGUCCUCUAUCGCAAAUCUGACCGCUAGGAUCAAGCUAGCAUCAUCUGGAGUUGGAUGGACGCGCGGCUCCGGCUCAGACACCACCCUCAGCAUCAUUGCCCCGGAGCCCGGGACGCGUCCAAGCCCGUGCAGCUGCACCGGAAUGCUAACUAAACGAGGAAGUGGCUGUAACAUGACGAGGGACAUCAUUGCCUCCCGGCCGCUCAAGGCUUUCGGGUGCUACAUGGAUAUUUUUUAGAUGCCAAAUGUAAUGACCGCCCCGAGCUUGCACCAUGUAUGUGGCUGGCCGUGUCUGUCUCCAACCUUGCGGAUGACACUCACACAGGUACAGCGGCGGCGCGGACUCACCGUUACCGGGAAGUGCUGAGAGACGCCAAGCUAGAAAGCUAACAGCACAAGAAUAAAAUAAAAAUAAAAAACUCCAGACAAAUGCCAACACCAAUGGUAUCCCAUAAGGUCUUCGUCGCAAUAAUCUUACUAAAUGUGUAUAUAGGUGUACAGUCUGUUUUAUACUUAUUCGGCGGCGUCCUUUUAACGGUCCUCUUUGCUAUGGCAUUUCUAAAUGGACCCAGGCUGCUUGACUGGGCGAAUUCACCUCCACAUCUUCAGUUUAACAGAUACGUCUUAACGGGUUACCGGCCAAUCUCCUCAGUGCAAGACUGCAUCAGAAGCCUGUUUUACCUGCACAAUGAACUUGGAAACAUAUACACUCACGGCAUCCCUUUGGUUUGCUUUCUGGUGCUGCUGCCUCUCAACAUCCCCUGGUCUCAGAUCAGUGUUACGUGGUUGGGCGUGGUGCACUUCCUGGCUUGCCUGUCACCUCAGCUAGGCUCUGUGCUCUACCACCUCUUCAUGAACCACGAGGGAGGGGAACCCGUCUACCACACGCUCCUCAAACUCGACGUGUGUGGAAUCUGCAUGAUCAACACGUUGGGGGCGCUGCCCAUCGUCUACAGCACGCUGCUGUGCUACCCGUUCAUCCGCACCGUGGCUCUGUUAGUCUACAUCCUGCUGUCCAGCCACGCCAUCUACUGCGCCGUCACGGCUCGGAGCAGCGUUCGCCGGCUGCGCUCCUUCGCCUGGCAGGCGCUUUUCCGCUUCUCCUUCUUCUUGCUGCGCUGGGUGGGCGUGGGCGGCGGCAGCCCCACCUCGCUACGCCACUUCCUCACGAUGGACGCGCUGGCCGUGCUGGGUGGGGUCAUUAACAUCACACGCAUCCCGGAGCGCUUCCGCCCGGGCCUCUUUGACUACUGGUGCAAUAGCCACCAGAUCAUGCAUGUACUGGUGGUGGGUUCCAUCCUUUACCUGCACUGGGGUGUGCUGGACGACCUGCUGUGGAUCAACAGCUAUAACUGUCCCUCAGACUGACCCCCCCUGCAGUCUCACCCCCUCACAAAGAACACUGGGAUAUAAUGUUAAAGGACCUCUGUGGGUGUCUGUAGAGGGAAGGGGAAGGAAGGGAAAUCAGGGGGAACUGAUCCUGUGGGGUGAGACGAUAUGUUGUUUGUGCAUGUGUUCACCUCAUGCACUGAAACGUAGAAUGUUCAUAUCUCCGUUCAUCUUGGUACUUUGUGCAGAUACAUACAAAAGUAUGUCAAGUAACACGCACAAGCAUUUUGACUCUUAAUUGCCACACACACACACAAACACACACACACACACACACACACACACACACACACACACACACAGCAGAAUGGAAAUAUUUUAAACAGUAAAUUUAAUGAAUUAGUUUUGAACAUAUACAUACAUUGAUAAAGUCUUAAGUAAAGGCUCUAGUUAAAGGCUAAUGCUGAGUUUAAAGCCUUUACUUAGUAACAGAAGUUUUACUUGAGCAGUAGUUGAUGUAGUUGGUUAAGACAGCCUGUGGCUAAAUUAUAUCACAUGCUCAAGUCCUCUCAGAUGUCACUGUUGCGACCUAUGCAGCACAUCCAUAUCACAAGUCAUGCGCAUCACAUACACUCAACAACACUCAGACACCCUCGCACAUAUAUUUUUAUACUACAUGUACAUACUGUACAAGUUCAUAGAGUUUUCACUAUGUCCAACGGACUGAAUUUUACUGGACUGGUUGUUCUGUCUGUGUUUCCUUGUUUUCUGCCACUGCCUCUUUUUAUUUAUGUGUGUGUCUGAUUCGUCCUUAAAGUCACAAGAUUACGAGGAAAUGAAGAUGGGCGAGGGGGUUCAUUCCAAAGUGUGCUAGCAUGUUGGCAAUGAGUUUACUUGCUGUUGGUGGCUUGGAGCACACAUUAGAAUCAAUUGUGCAGUGUUAUUGGCUUUGUUUGCACCUGAGCUCAGUGCCAAUGAUAUUCAGGCAUUUUUAAUCAGAAAAACAAAUGCACACGUUUACAAACUAUGUUGUUCAGUGGCAUUACCCUUUGCCAAACCUUUGCAUAUAGCAAAGUCCUAGUAAUUUAUUCUUGUGCAUUUACAAUAACCUCCCAUUAUAAGGAAGGUUGUCACCACUAUUUUCUUUUAUGGAAGAGGAGGUUUUAGUACUUUUAUAAGUGCUGUCUUAUGUUUAACAUUAUUUAAUUUAUAAUUUGUUCUGUAAAAAGGACAGAACAGACUCAGACAGGCCCUCUGAUGAUAACAAAGUUUUACACUGAAACGCCAUCAUAUGUCAAUUAGAUCAUGAUGUAUAUGUGGAAGCAAGAUGCACUAAACAUCUUUUAUGGUAACUUGAUUGUAAUUAUAAGAUCUUAAAAAAAUUAAACAUCUUUACACUAUAAACCUGUUCAGACAAACUACAGACAAAACUCACUUGCAUAUUGGCACAAUAUGCGCAAGAUACUGUAAUGAAAUACAUUAUAUUUAUAAAGCUUUUUAUUCAGUUGUAUUUAUUUGCAGAUACAGGUAACAUUGUUUCUGCCUGAACAGUUUACGUUGUUGCUGUGCAGGAUCACUGGCUGACAGAUCAAUUUAGAGGUCAGAGAAAAUCUUUUAUUUUAUUCAAGCCGUGCAAAUCCCGAGGAUUAAAUCCUCAUUUUCUCCCCUCACACUUUUUUUCCAGCGAUGUUUGACUUCUCAGUCACACAAUAAUGUGGCGGGGGGGAAGGUCGGUCUCUAUGCAUUACAAUUCACAUAACAUUCACAAUAAUCAUUAAGAAGAACAUUGUUAUGUGACUUUUAAAACUCUUCUGAAGAUGUUACUUUUUCUCGGGCUUGAAUGAAAACAGUUUUAUUGUAUUUGGAUGUUUACUUGUACAUUGACGCUAGAUAUUGAUGGUUUAUAAGGGUCAGUGAUUAUUGCCACUUUAUGUUUUCUUAUGUAAAUGCACCACUUUUGCUCUGCAGCUAGAUUUGUUUUUUGUGAAAGUGAACAGCUUGACUUGCACUUUAAAAAAAAACCCUGAAUAGAUGUUAGACAGUCUGAGUCUUUUUAAAUUGGAGUAGUAUUUAAUUUAGCUCGCUUUGCCAAACAGGAAUGAACCCCUAUGCCCUCCUGUCAGGUCUUUGUGAAUGUCCAUGAUUGUUUUGCCACUGUAUUCCUCUGUAGCAUUUCAGUUACUACUCUUGAGUAAAAGUAGCUGUUGCUCUGUACCUUCAUUCUCAAGA